AAUUCAGUAGAAGAAGAAUAGCGGCAAUGGCGCCAUUGAGAGAUCCCGUUGCGAUCCCGAGUUAAGUUUGAAGACGUUGGUUUGGCGGUGUAUCGGUUGUUGUUGCAAUAAUGUCUUCAGUUCAGCAUCUGAGAGAGUUUAUCAAGGAGAGAUUAACUUCUGCUGCAGAAGAAAUCUUCUCAGAGUUUGAAAAAAUGAUCGUCCGGUAUGAGAAAGAGAUCUGUCAGCUAAGACUGCUUAAUAUCAGACCUGGGGUAAAGUCACACAAUACAGGUCUGUAUGAUCAGCAGUUCUGUGACCAGGAGAGGAGCUCCAGUCUGGACCAGCAGGACACAGAUCCUCCACAGACUAAAGAGGAACAAGAGGAAAUCUCCACCAAUCAGGAAGGAGAGCAGCUUGAACUGAAGCAGGAGGAUGAAGGGAUUAAUGUCUGGACCGGAGAACAGCUGGAUUUGUCGUGGAAACCUGGAGUAAAGCUGACCAGAAUAGACCUCCCACAGCAACAUGAUUGUAAGGAAAAUGAGGAUCUGGAUGACCCGCAGGUCUGUAGCCAGGAGAGGAACUCCAGUCUGGACCAGCAGGACACAGAUCCUCCACAGACUAAAGAGGAACAAGAGGAAAUCUCCACCAAUCAGGAAGGAGAGCAGCUUGCACUGAAGCAGGAAACCAAAGGCAUCAUCAUCUGGACCGGGCAGGAGCUGGGCAUCAUGUGGAACCCUGAAGUAAAGUUGCACAGAAUAGAUUUUCUACAACAUGACUGUAAGGAUGAGGGGGGGCUCACAAAUCAGCAGGUCUGUAACCAGGAGAAGAACUCCAGUCUAGACCAGAAGGAUACUUCACAGAUUAAAGGGGGAGAGGCGGAACUCCGUACCACUCAAGAGGAAAAACCGCUUGUCCUAAAGCAGGAGACUGCAACUUUUCCUGCUGGUGAAGCAAGUGACCACAGUGAGUCAAAACCAAGCAGUGACCAGCUCCUUUCUUACAACUCUCCUGUCACAGAUCAGGAUGAAAGCAAGGAUGGUAACUCACACAGAAAUGAGUCGGAGGCAGUCGUAUCAGGCCUGACAGUUCAAAAUUCCAAGACAGCACAUUUAUGUAGCCGCUGUGGGAAAAGAUUUUAUAGGUCAGAAACAUUGAGUCGACAUAUGCAAAUUCACACAGGUGAGAAGUUACGUUCUUCCGGUACCUGUGGCAAAAGAUUUAUUUGGAAGUCAGACUUGACUAGACACAUGCGAAUUUACACUGGUGAGAAACCACAUUCUUGUAGCACCUGUGGGAAAAGGUUUAAUCAGAAGGAACAUUUGAAAACACACAAGGAAUUCCAUGCAAAUGAAAAACAAUAUUCCUGUAGCACCUGUGGGAAAAGAUUUAGUUUGAAAGAAAUUUUGAAUAGGCACAUGCGAAUUCACACAGGUGAGAAGCCACAUUCUUGUAGCACCUGUGGGAAAAGAUUUAUUGAGAAGGGUAAUUUGAAGAGUCACAUGCGAAUUCACACAGGUGAGAAGCCACAUUCUUGUAGCACCUGUGGGAAACGAUUUAUUAAGAAGGGUAAUUUGAAUAGGCACAUGGGAAUUCACACAGGUGAGAAGCCACAUUCUUGUAGCACCUGUGGGAAAAGAUUUAUUAAGAAGGGUAAUUUGAAUAGGCACAUGGGAAUUCACACAGGUGAGAAGCCACAUUCUUGUAGCACCUGUGGGAAAAGAUUUAUUGAGAAGGGUAAUUUGAAUAGGCACAUGCGAAUUCACACAAGUGAGAAGCCACAUUCUUGUAGCACCUGUGGGAAAAGAUUUAUUAAGAAGGAUAAUUUGAAGAGUCACAUGCGAAUUCACACAGGUGAGAAGCCACAUUCUUGUAGCACCUGUGGGAAAAGAUUUAUUAAGAAGGAUAAUUUGAAGAGUCACAUGCGAAGUCACACAGGUGAGAAGCCACAUUCUUGUAGCACCUGUGGGAAACGAUUUAGUCGGAAGAGUCAUUUGAAGAUUCACAUGCGAAUUCACACAGGUGAGAAGCCACAUUCUUGUAGCACCUGUGGGAAACGAUUUAUUGAGAAGGGUAGUUUGAAGUGUCACAUGCGAAUUCACACAGGUGAGAAGCCACAUUCUUGUAGCACCUGUGGGAAAAGAUUUAUUGAGAAGGGUAGUUUGAAGUGUCACAUGCGAAUUCACACAGGUGAGAAGCCACAUUCUUGUAGCACCUGUGGGAAAAGAUUUAUUGAGAAGGGUAAUUUGAAGAGUCACAUGCGAAUUCACACAGGUGAGAAGCCACAUUCUUGUAGCACCUGUGGGAAAAGAUUUAUUGAGAAGGGUAAUUUGAAGAGUCACAUGCGAAUUCACACAGGUGAGAAGCCACAUUCUUGUAGCACCUGUGGGAAAAGAUUUAGUCAGAAGAGUCAUUUGAAGAUUCACAUGCGAAUUCACACAUGUGAGAAACCACAUUGUUGCAGCACCUGUGGGAAACAUUUUAGUUCUUCAGUAGUGUUGAAAAUGCAUUUAGGAAUCCAUGCUACAUGCUAAGUUUCAUUCUUAGAAAAUGGUGAUGGUAGAACACAUAAACAUUGUUCGGAUCAUUUAAAAAAAAAAACAACUUUCAAAAGGUUUUUGGAAGCUCAGUCUCUCUCUUCACACAUGGAGAAAAAAAACAGAGUUUGUCUCGCAACAUAAAAUGUGUCCACCUUUAUCACCUGUUUCUGACGUCAUUGUUUUAUAGUUUAUGGGAUUUGUCUUUGCUGAAGUUUUUUCAUUUUCUUUGUCAUGGCCUCGACAGUGCUUGAGAUAUUUUUUUGUGUCUUGAUAUAAAAGAACUAUUUCUCAAAAACACACUUGGAAAUAUCUGUUUAACAAACUACCUGUGUACAUGAGGUAGCCUUUACUGAAAUCAUUUUUUUCUCUGAAGUUUACAGUUUGAAGGUGUUUAAAGCAGAAGACAGUUGAUUAACUUUGCACUGUUUGCUAACUUGCACACUGCCAGAACUCCUGUUGGGAUUUUGUUUUUUAUAAUGAAAUUUAUACACUGGAUUGACAUUAAUGGGAAGUGCUUUGUAUAUGGAAAAGGAAUAUUUUAGGGAAUGACAAUGUUAAGCAGUUGAUCCAUGUUCGCGUAUUGUUUGUGACCCAUAUACUUAUGUUAUAAAUGUAAAUAAUAAAUGACCUAACUUGCACUACUGUUAUGUGAGCACCUGUUGAUACCCAGCUGUUGUUUGAGAUAUAAUAAUAUGGACUAAUGUGUAACUUUAACAGUGGUGUGUUCCAUUUGACAGGAAAUGAAUCUAAAUUAAGAUAGGAAAUAAUUAAGUUUAAAGAUAAAAUAUGGAUAAUUAUAUAAGAAAGGAGGAGGAGCUGGUGACACCUCUCCCAUAAAGGAGCUCAGAAGUGCCCCAGGAGUCUUCGUCUUUAUUUAUCUUUGUUGGCUUUUGGCCUGCAUGUGCUUAUGGCAAACACCCUCGAGGGCUUUUCUUUUUUUCUUCUAAAUCUUUGUUAAUCUUGUAUGUUCAAUAAAACAGUUGGCAUCAAACCUUA